AUGAAGAAGGUCAAGAAAGAGGAAGAGCGGGCAGAGCCCAAGGUCAAGCGCGAGAAGCCGCCACUCUACAACCUGCAGUUUGUCAUGCUUGGCAAGACGGAAACGCCUAAAGAUCAACUCAAGGACAAGAUCCUCAAGCUGGGCGCGAAAGUGGCCUCCAAAAUCACCAACACGAUCGCGGUCAUCAUCUCGACCCCAGCAAAGGUUGAACAGAUGGGCAGUCGCAUGCAGGUAUGCAGAUCCAGGUUGUGCCGCAAGAUUACAUCAAGAAUGCCAAGGCCGGCGGUGCGAUUUCGUACAUCACGAGCAAGUCCAUCUACGAUUGGGGGUCCGAUCUGCAGCCGAAUCCCGCAGGAAGAAGAAAAGUUCAAAUUGACGAAGAGCAUCUACAUCACAUCCGUCCCGUCGAAGGUGACGCUGAUACUAAAGGGCGGUCUCGCGGUCGGUUCCGACUCCGGGCUGGGCGAAGUCACGCACGUCUACAAGCGGAAAAAGUUGAUUUUCAAUUGUGUGCUCAACAAGGUAGACAUUCAAACGGACAAGAAUUCCUACUUCAAGGUGCAAGUGCUGGAGGCGGACAAAGACAACAUCUCAAAUCUCUGCGACAGAAUGAACGACGUGGUAAGGAAGGUCUACGGAACACUCAAGACCUUCAGACGCUUCGCACCGAUUCUUCCUGAGCCAACACGUCGGAAGCUUGUGCAGGCAGUAGUGAUGCCGUACUUUACCUACUGCGACAUCGUGUAUUACCCCGGGCUGAGCGCUGCGCAACGAGAACAACUCCACCGCUGUUUCAAGUCAGCGGUACGGUUUGUACACAAGCUAAGACGUCGCGACACCACCGUUCCCUUCAGAAACUCCAUACUUGGACAUGAUCUGAUGGUCAAUUACAAACUCCGAAUUUGCUGUUUCAUGAAACGAGCAUUUGAGGAGGCCACGCCCGGAUACAUCCUACAGCACCUACAACGCGCCAGACAGGAGCGAACGGCCGGCUUCAUCGUCCCGAGGCACACAACCUCCAGUGGGAAAAGUGUGCUAGUCUACGGAGUUUCCCGCUGGAACGAACUACCAGUAGCAAUCAAGCAGGAGAGACGAUUCAACGCUUUCAAGAAAGCGAUAGCUAGGGAAAACUAG